GGAUGCCGGCGGGUUUAAAGCCGGGGCUGGCAAUGCCAAGAGCCCCGAGGUGGCGGCGCCGUUUCUGGCUGAGCCUGAGAGCAGCGAGCCGUCCUCUCCGCGCCCUCUGAGCCCCUCGACCUCGCUCCCUGCAGCGGACUGGGCUGGCCCCGUCCCAUCCCCGCAGCCCAGCAGGCGGGUGGGAGGGAGAGAGGGAGGGAGGGGGCGCAGCAGCCCGCUCGCUCCCGGUCCGCGGGGCUGUUCGGGGCAGGUGGCUGCCUUGGGGCGAGCUCCGAAGGGUUAAAGAGCUGGGAAGGUGAUAACUGCGCUGGGAUCGGGCGCAACUGGCACUUGGCUGCGCAUGACCCGCCAAGCUCCGGCUGACAGGUACCGGGGCUCCUAAAUGAGUUUCCCAAAGGUUUGGAUCUGAACGCCGCCGUCGCCGCCCUCGGAGCCGCAGCUGUCCAUUAAAGCUGCCGCCGGCUGCACAGCUCCUCUCCAUCCUCCUCAAGGUCUCGGAUGGUAGCAGCGUGCAACAGGGGAUUUUUCGCCGAGGGCAGGGAUGCGCAGCACCGGAAUUAACCUGUCUCCGGCGCACGGCAACUGCCUGCAUCUGCGGAGGCUCGUCAGGAAAAAGCAUCCUCCAGCUUCCCACUGUGCCUCUCAGCCGUGACCUGUUGGAUCUCUCGCUGAGAACUUUUCCUACCGGCGGAGAGAGAUCAGCGCCUGCCCCGCCAAACACGACUUCGAUCUCUCAUUAAGAGCUUGCCACUCGAUUAUCGAUUCUCCCUUGUUUUUCGCACAGGAUUCGGGGGGCUUUAGGCACACGAGGAGCGAGGACUUGCCCGGACUCCGAGCGCUGGCGGAGCUGCCGGCACUUCGCCUCGGCCCCGCCAGCGCGCCCCGUCCGGGCUUCCCCCUGCCCGCGGGGACGCUGCCUGCUGACCUCUCCCUUUCCCUUGCAGCAUGGCCCUCGAGAGGCUCGGGGAAGCGCUGCGCGGCAUUCCCCCUUUACAAAGCUCCCUCCUGCUCCUCCUCUGCCUGCUCGUCGCCAUCCACCUGGGCAAGCUCCUCCUGCAGCAUCAGCAGCGCCGGCGGCAGGGCCAGCGCCGGGCGCCGCCGGGCCCUUUCCCCUGGCCCCUGAUCGGCAACGCGGCGCAGCUGGGCAGCGCCCCGCACCUCUCCUUCGCCCGGCUGGCCAGCACCUACGGCGCCGUGUUCCAGCUGCGCCUGGGGCGCUGGCCCGUGGUGGUGCUGAACGGGGAGCGCGCCAUCCGCCAGGCCCUCGUCCGCCAGGGGGCCGCCUUCGCCGGCCGCCCGCCCUUCCCGUCCUUCCAGCUGGUGUCGGGCGGGCUCAGCCUGGCCUUCGGCGGAUACUCGGAGCUCUGGAAGCUGCACCGGCGGGCGGCGCACGCCACGGUGCGCGCCUUCUCCACGGGCAGCCCGGGCACCCGCCGCCUGCUCGAGCGGCACCUGGUGGGCGAGGCGCGGGCCCUGGUGGCGCUGCUGGUGCGCGGCAGCGCCGGCGGCGCCUUCCUCGACCCCUCGCGCGUCCUGGUGGUGGCCGUGGCCAACGUGAUGAGCGCCCUGUGCUUCGGCCGCCGCUACAGCCACGGCGACGGCGAGUUCCUGCGCAUCGUGGGGCGCAACGAGCAGUUCGGGCGGGCGGUGGGCGCCGGCAGCCUGCUGGAUGCGCUGCCCUGGCUCCAGCGCUUCCCCAGCCCCGUCCGCGCCGCCUACCGCGCCUUCCGCGACCUCAACCGCGACUUCUACGGCUUCGUCCGCGGCAAGUUCCUGCAGCACCAGCGCAGCCUGCGCCCCGGGGCCGCCCCCCGCGACAUGAUGGACGCCUUCAUCCGCCUGCAGCGGGAGCAGCCGCGGCUACAGCUCGAGCACGUGCCCGCCACCGUCACCGACAUCUUCGGCGCCAGCCAGGACACCCUCUCCACCGCCCUGCAGUGGCUCCUCAUCUUCCUCAUCAGGUACCCGAAAGUGCAGGCUAAAAUGCAAGAGGAAGUGGAUAGGAUUGUUGGAAGAGACCGUCUGCCGUGUGUUGAAGAUCAGCCUCACCUGCCCUACAUCAUGGCUUUCCUGUACGAAUCCAUGCGUUUCAGCAGCUUUGUGCCUGUGACUAUCCCGCACGCCACCACAACCAACACCUUCAUCAUGGGCUACCUCAUUCCCAAGGACACCGUCAUCUUUGUCAAUCAGUGGUCAGUGAAUCAUGACCCAGCAAAAUGGUCCAACCCGGAGGAUUUUGAUCCAACAAGAUUCCUGGAUGAGAAUGGGUUCAUCAAUAAAGAUCUCACUAGCAGUGUGAUGAUUUUCUCCUUGGGAAAGCGGCGGUGUAUUGGAGAGGAGUUAUCCAAGGUGCAGCUCUUUCUCUUUACCUCCAUACUGGUGCAUCAGUGCAAUUUUACUGCUAAUCCAAACGAGGACCCUAAAAUGGACUUUACCUAUGGGCUGACCAUUAAACCUAAGCCAUUCACCUUGAAUGUUACGCUUAGAGAUACGAUGGAUUUGCUAGAUCAGGCUGUCCAAAGACUGCAAGCAGAGAAAGCAGCCAGUGAAAGUCAGCUGUCAGCAAAUGCCUAAGCAAUAAACCUUGCAUCUACAGAUAAUCCCCCUCUCUUUUUACAUUUGUAUAACUCAGAGCUUGUUCUGGUAAUAUUUUUGGUACAUAGCCAAUAUUACACAUUAUAAAAGCAGGAAGAAAAGUUGCACAAGGUAUAAUUCAGUUAUCUUUUUAAUUCUAGAAGGAGAGCCAGGGGAACAAUAUAUUAAAUGGUAAAACAUAUGCAAUUUGAAAGUAAGCCUUUUCUUUUCUAGUUUGUUCACAGAAGUUAUCAUUGUAAAGUGCUUUUUAUCUACUGACUGGUUGGAGCAUCUCCAGGAACUGUCUCUGUAAUCCUUUCCAUGUCUCCAUCCAUGAUGCCUUAACUCUAAGUUUGCCUUCAGUGACUCCAUAUUCAGAAGUGAAAUUUCUUAUUAAAAACAAACAAAAGCAGGUGCUCAGAACACUGCAGCCUGCUUCUAAAUUUACUCUGCAGGAAAUUGCCAUAGGCUCAUGGCAGCUCUGGUGUUGUGGCUGCUGGGAUGUACGUUAAUGCCUCAAUAAUAAGUGUUCACAUGAUUUUUGGUAAAAUGGCAAUGUAAAGUCUUGCCUUCAGCAUUCCAAAAUGUUUACAUAAAUGCCUGAAAAAAAUAAAACUUUUGCUUGAGAGUGUGCUUGAUACUAAAAUUCAUGUUUUAUAUGAAAAGCAACAGCAUGUCCUAAUAUAGUAACUUUCCACAAAGUUUUGAAAGACCAGAAUUUCUAAGUCAUUAGAUGGCAAGGGUGAUACAAAUCAUAUGCUAAUCUGUUCAUUAGCAUGUUCCUUAACAAAGUAAACAUUUGAAUCAGAUUUAUAAAGGUACAGCUGAACUUUAUGGUUCUUUAUGAAGGAGAUAAUACUGUUGUCCCUAAGCACAUAGUUAAGUCCAGUAAAAUCCACAUCGGCCAAGUUAGGUAGGAGUGAGAUUGGAUUGUUUUUAAUAUUAAAAAUGUAUCACAUUUUUAUACUAAAACAUUAAUGCCACAAGCCUCAAGUAAAGCAUACAGCAAAUAAUACCCAUACUCAUUAGUCACUCUGUUAGGUUGAGUUAAAUAGUAUAUCUGAACAUGAACUAUGUACUUUUAGUACAAUUUGUUUGGAACAAAGCCUCAGAAGGAAAAGUAGCAUUACACAUCCUAAUUAAAGUACCCAUUAACUGAAGAAAAAGUACUUUUACAAUAUUUGUGAGGCAAAGUUCAUAAAAUUUAAAAGAACCCACAUAUUAUUUUAAAGUAAAACACACAUGAAACUUUAUGGCGUUGAACCUCCAGUUAUGCAGCUUUGUGAAACAAACAUUGUUUCUCUAGAAGGCAAACAGCCCUGUGUAAAUGCCUGAUUUGAAAAGUGUUGGGCACUUCUUCAGGGCUGCGGGUUGCCCUCAGUCACGUAUGAAUUCCAUCAGACAGGAGAGUGCCUCACACGACUUGCUGUGCUCAGCUGAGCACCAGAUAAAGUAUUAGUAGAGCUAAAAAAACAAGAUUACAGUGCUACACAGUGAAGUAGCUCUGAUGAGACCUAAGCAAGUAAGGAUUUGCACUGUGACUUCCAAUAGAUGGCCAGUCGUAGUCAUGCUGGCAGCUGGAACAGAGCUCCUGCUGACACUGGGAAGAUCUGAGUUAACAACACAACCCCAAUCUUAUGUACAAGUACGCUACUGAUUUUAGAAACCUGAAUCCAGCCUACAAGCACCGCUCUAUAACCCCCCACACUAAUAAUGUACCUGUUUAAAGUCUCUGACUUCAUAUGACAUCUCUUUUUAGAGCUAAAAAAAGCUUUCUGCUACACACACAUGGAGUAACCUCAGGUGUUUUUCUGAAUUGUGUACAAGUUUGUGAUAUCACAGAACUUAGCCUAUACCUGUGAAAAGCUUUAUAAGAUACUUGGCAUUUUCAUGUGGAGAUCUACAUUAGAUCAAAUGCUAGCAGAACAAUUUUUCUUUCGCCUCUUUAAGUCCUGUUAUUAAAACAAAUAAAUUAUGUAACCUUCAGCUGAAUAGCUAUUCUAAUGCAAGGCUCAUCAAUUCAUAUUUUAAUAAAAAAUGGCUUUUGCAAUUUUGUACUUUUCCAAAAGCUUUGACUGUGCAUUGGCUACUAGUGCAAAAUCCAUCCACACUGCUCAUGUCAGUCAGGGGGUUACACACUAUAUAGCUGUUGGUCACAUAAUGCCUCAUGUAAUCUGUGACAUUACUCAAAUUUAGUAGCACCUAUUUAGAAUGCAUGCAGUCAUUUAGCAAGCUAAAUUCUAUGGUCAUUUUGAGAUGUAUCAUUAUGUUACCAAAAUAUUAAAUAAAAUUAUUCUUACACUACCAUUGCUUAGUUUAUAUACAGCUUUCU